CCCACAUAUACAUCAUCAACACCUUUCAUUUACAGAAGCUUACAAUUUACAACUACUUCUUCAUCACCAUCAUCCUCUUCACUCUCUUUCUCUCUCUACUUUCUCUCUCUAGAAUUCUCCAGAUUCUUUCACUUUCUUGUUUUUUUUUUUUAAUUUUUUAGCUUCAUUCUUUUAUUUUUUUCAUUGUACAUUUGUACAUUCCCUUUUAAUCUCCCCCCUUUUAGUUAUUUGAUCAUUGUAAAAUUGUAAAUUUUUAUUUUUUUUUCCAUUUUUUUAACUUUUUUUGUAGUAAGUUAUAUUGACAAUGGUUACAUCGUCAAACAAGAAGUUGACAAUACUUGUGAUAAAUUUAUUUAUCAUUAUCCACCGGAUCCAGUAUUCGUCAGCAAUACUGGAUCCGGCGGAUUUUUUAGCACUCCAAUCCAUUAGAAAAUCUCUAGAAGAUUUGCCCGGGUCGGACUACUUAUCAUCUUGGGACUUCACAUCCGACCCGUGCAACUUCGCCGGAGUUUUCUGCUCCGGCGAACGUGUUGUCACGUUAAACCUCGGAGACCCACGCGCCGGUGCGCCUGGCCUCUCCGGGGUUUUAGAUCCGGCAAUCGGAAAGUUAACAAACUUAACCGAAUUCACCGUCGUUCCCGGCAGGAUCACUGGAACAAUUCCGGCGACAAUAUCGGAGCUUAAAAACCUCCGGUUCUUCGCCAUCAGCCGGAAUUUUCUCUCCGGCGAGAUUCCGGCGACGUUAGGUGAGCUCACUAAUCUCCGUACACUUGAUCUUAGCUACAACCAACUCACCGGAAGUAUUCCGUGGGCCGUGGGAAGUUUACCGGCGUUAACUAACGUCGUUAUCUCUCACAACCGGUUAUCUGGUCCACUACCGGCUUUCACAUCGCAAACGUUAACCCGGUUAGACUUAAAACACAACAACUUAUCCGGUUCAAUACCACCCGGUUUUAUUCCUUCGUCUAUACAACACCUUUCUCUUGCUUUAAACCGGUUCACCGGUUCAGUCGAAUAUUUACUGCCUCAACUAAACCGGUUAAACUACUUAGAUCUAAGUAUGAACCGGUUUACCGGGCCAGUCCCGGGCUGCGUGUUUAGUUUUCCAAUCACAACUCUACAACUGGACCGGAACCUGUUUUCCGGUCCAGUUCAACCGUUUAAUGAAGUGUCAAUCCAGACCGUCGAUUUGAGUCAUAAUAUGUUGUAUGGGGAAGUGUCCCCACUUUUCUCAACCGUACAAAAUCUUUAUCUUAAUAAUAACCGGUUCACCGGUUCGGUUCCUAAUACUUUAGUGGACCGGCUGAUGGAUGGGAAUGUGCAGUUGUUGUAUUUGCAGCAUAAUUUUUUGACAGGGGUUCCGAUAAAACCGACCGAGGCGAUUCCGGUUAGUAGUUCGUUGUGUUUGCAGUAUAAUUGUAUGGUGUUGCCGGUUCAGACGCCGUGCCCGGUUGAAGCCGGUUCGCAGAAGACUAGACCUACAACACAAUGCAUGCAAUGGAAAGGGUAAAAUGGGAAAUUUAUUGAAACCAUUAAACAUCUAUUAGAACGUCCACAGACAAGAGGGUCAACCAGGCCUCCACAUCAGAUUGCCCGGAGUUUGCCCUAAGAAUCUCACAAUGGGUGCAAAUGAGCCAAGCUACUCAAUUUAGGCUCGAAAAGAAGUUCGAACGAGCCUAGCUUAAACAAGCUUGAGCGCGAGCCUAAAAACAAGCUCGUUUAGUAAACAAGCCCGAGCUUCAAUUAUCGAGCUCGAGCCGGCUC